GAGCAGACGGGCCAGCCGAUGAAAUACUCGGGGCCGCUCGACGUGGCGCGGCAGACGCUCGCAAAGGAGGGGCCGCUCGCUUUCUACAAGGGCUUCUUGCCCCAGUGGGCACGCGCGAUGCCCUACUCGAUGGUCCAAUUUCUGGUGUGGGAGCAGCUGGCCAAGCUG